UACCAAGAUUGGGUUUUAAACUGAAAAUAUGUUUCACAGGUCUUUACGACUCUGUUCAAUACAGCCAAAAAUAUCAAAUCUGCUUUGCAACGCAAUUAGAAUUGAAUGCACCUCUGAGUAUGUGAUGCCUUCAUCGAAGGGAGUUAGUGCUGAGACAACAGUGAAGAAUAAGAAACCUAAUGGUGAAAGUAGUACACGCAAUCUGAAGAAGAGAAGGAAGAAUGCAACUAGAAUUUGUAACAAGAUCUUGGUGAAAUCCGCUCUAGUUGCCAAAAGUUAUUCCUGCGAUACAUGCAACGUUAGUUUUUCCUUAAAAAGAAAACUUAUCAGGCAUAUGAGUGUUCAUAAAUAUAUCUGUGACGCUUGCAAUGAAAAAUUUGAAUCGAGGAACAAACUGAAAGCACAUGUAGCAUCCGCUCAUGGGCCGGAAAAAUAUCCAUGCACUGCGUGUGACCAUGUGAGUAAUAACAAGUGGUCGCUACACGACCACUUUGUCAGAAAGCACACAGAGGAAUACAAGUUUUCGUGUAACGUUUGUAAUAAAGAGUUUAAAAUCAAGAACGACUUGCAAACCCAUAUAAACCGAAGUCACAGUGAGAAUCCGCCUCUGGUUUGUGACAUAUGCGGUCAUACCAAUAAGAGCAUCCAUGCCCUAAAGUGCCAUAAAAAGUACGCCCACCACAAGCCACAAUUUAAGUGUAAACUCUGUAAAAGAAGAAUGACGACUCAAGAGUAUUUGGAUCGCCAUAUGCAGGGGCAUCAGACCAAGGAAAGAGUGAUUUGUCCAACAUGUGGUAAAACAUUUCGUGAAAAAUAUUCAUUGGAUGUUCACACGAUGAUCCACACUGGCGUCAAACCUUUCAUUUGUCCCGUUUGUGGCAAGUCAUUUUCGCGUCAGACUGCACAGGAACAACAUAUUUUAAUUCACAUGGAUAAACGUCCAUAUCUUUGCGACGUCUGCGGCCAAACCUUUGCUCAAAAACCAGGUUUAAUAUGCCAUAGGAAAAGGCACCCUGGCCCCCUACCUCCACUCCCUGCCGUAUCUGUCAAAAAUAUUGUCAACGACUUCACAAGAGAUUAUGUACAGAGACAUUGCAAUGACAAAGAAUGGGUAUCGACUACUGAUCCUUUGAGCGUUUCAUCGGACGGAGUGGUCGUACAAAAAAGACAAAUAGUGAGAAUUGAAUGCACUCCUGAGUAUAUGAUAUGGCCUGACAAAAAAGUAGCUAGAGAUGACAUUAAGUUGCUGAGUAAAGAAACACAUUUGGAUUCUGUUUCGAAAAACCCAGAUACAAUUGUGGAGACAAGGAAUAGUAAGCCAGUAAGAAGAGUCACAAGAUCUAAGAAAACGUUCGAAUGUAAUUCAUGUCAGAAGACAUUCCUAAAAAAAAGCAAUCUAGCAGAACAUCUAAAGCAGCAUAGACACAAGUGUACAGAAUGUGGGAAAACUUUUAGCUUGAAGCGAUACCUCAGUACACACUUUGAAAAAAUACACAGACCGCAGUUGUACGAAUGCAGUGUCUGCGACUACAAAAGUAACAACAAAGGAACUUUGAAAAACCAUUUCAUUCGCCUUCAUACCAGUGCGUUUAAUUUUUCCUGUGACUCUUGCGGCAAGCAGUUUAAAAUAAAGAAAGCUUUGAAUCACCACAUGAAGCAAAAUCACAGUGGAAAUCCGCCCAUAGUAUGCGACGUCUGUGGGCACUUUAGUAAAAAUUUACAUGCCCUCAAAGCACAUAUGAAGUAUCGCCAUUACAAACCUGAGUUUGAGUGUAAUAUUUGCAAGCGAGGAAUGACAACGCAGGAGAAUCUCAAGCAGCACUUGUCGUGGCAUGAAAAUAAAGAGAAGAUUGUUUGUCCGACAUGUGGGAAAAGAUUCCGCGGUCGUGAUUUGGAUUCUCAUAUACGAGUCCACACAGGCAUCAAGCCUUUUCCAUGCUUAGUGUGUGGAAAAACCUUCAGACGUCAAACCGCUCAGGAACAGCAUGUCCUCAUUCAUACGGGAAAACGACCGUACAUAUGUGAUAUCUGUGGCCAGGCAUUUGCUCAAAAACCUGGUUUGAUAUGUCACAGGAAGAGACACCCUGGACCUUUGCCCCCACUGCCAGCCGUCUCCAUUAAGACCAUCAUUACAGAAUUUGCCAGAGAGUAUGCUGGCAAAAAUAGCAGUGCAGAUCAGAGUGGGAACACGUAACCAGCUACAAGUACGAGAUGAAAUUUAACCCUAUCGUCUUUGUAUUAAGUAAGGAGCCUAGUUCCCACACUGCAAGGUUUUAUCCUAACAAGCUUUCUUGCAUUCGAAUAAUGGUUUUUAACGCCAUUGCCGAACCGAUGCAUAAAUAGACAUUAAUUCAUCAAAAUUUAAUGUGAUUAACGGUUUGAGAAUGUUCAUUUUUUAAGUUUAUUUUUCACAAGUGAAUCAGCUGUGCGUUUGGCUAGUGAAAUAUCUUUGUAAAAUAUUACUAGCUUUUUUAUCUUGUACAUAUGAUGGAAAUUAUAUGCUUAAGAAAAAAAUACAUGGAAACGAAUGUUCAUCGAGAUAAGCAGGUUUGUUUUGACUGUGCAACAUUCACUCUGUUACGCAUUGAUGAAGAUUGCAUCACUGUAAAACUGAAAACGUAGUCAGUGUAUAAUCAUCGAAACUUUUAUUACAAUAUUCUAAUGUAGUAGUAUUAUUAUAGGAUAAGAUUGUAUUUAUAUUGCAUAAUUUUCCAGGCUAGUUUCAAUAUUUCUACUUACGGUAAUACAGCUCUAAACUCUACGUACGAUAUUGGUAUGUAAGCAUAUCGUUAACACGAUACAUUGUGCAUAUCAAAGCUUAUUCAUGGCAAAUGACAUUAAUCAUCAAAUGACUUUGUUUUAGGAAAAAAUCAUCUUACUCCUCAAACAUGCCUGUCCACUUACAAUAUGAAAUUACAAAGUAUUGAUUACUUUACCAAAUUUCAAAUAAUAGUCGGGAAGCGAAGGUCUAUGCUGAUAUGAGGCUGGCACAAAUUCCCAAUCCUACAUCAAUGAGUCUACUACGGAAAAUGGGGAUUGGAAUAUUACUCUAAUGUUAUAUUCCAUAAUUAAAAUCAUGUUGUUUCACGGAACAGUAAUGCAGCGUACAUACAAGUUGCAAAGUCCUGUUAAAACCUAGUCGAUAGUAGUACUCAAAAUUUACACAAAACAAGUAUGUAGGCACAGGUAUAUGAUUGUGGCGUGAGAAACUAUAAACUACGUAGUUUGAAAGGAUCUUUAAAUACUUAUUUCAUGUGAAUGUAAAUCAUCUGAGGCAUUGCAUGGAGCAGUUUCACAGAGGUAAUUUACCAAUACCAUGUGUCACAUGUGACCAACUUUUACUUAGGAAUCCGGGUUGAUUUGUAAAAGGAAAAGGUACAAUAAUUGAUUUUCAUUUUUGACUCUCGUCACCAUAAAACAAAAAUCGUUUUAUCGUAAGAUGUCUCUGUGAUGUAAUAAAACCGUUACUUUAUCAA